AUGUUGUCUGCACGUGCCACUUUGAGGAGAUCAUUGAGCCGUGGUUUAGCAACUGUCUCUGGUUUGACUAGAGACAGUAAGGUUCACCAAAACUUGUUGGAAGAUCACGCUUUCAUCAACUACAAGGAAAACAUCAAGAACGUGGAAACUGUCAAGAACAGAUUAAAUAGACCAUUGACCUAUGCUGAAAAGAUUCUUUACGGUCACUUGGACAACCCUGAAGGUCAAGACGUUGUUAGAGGUCAAACCUAUUUGAAAUUGAGACCAGACCGUGUUGCAUGUCAAGAUGCUACCGCUCAAAUGGCCAUUCUUCAAUUCAUGUCCGCUGGUUUGCCAGAGGUCGCCAAGCCAGUUACAGUUCACUGUGACCACUUGAUUCAAGCUCAAAUUGGUGGUGAAAAGGAUUUGGCUAGAGCUAAGGAACUAAACAAGGAAGUUUACGAUUUCUUGGCUUCCGCUACCUCCAAGUACAACAUGGGUUUCUGGGGUCCAGGUUCUGGUAUCAUUCACCAAAUCGUUCUAGAAAACUAUGCAUUCCCAGGUGCCUUGAUCAUCGGUACCGAUUCUCACACUCCAAACGCUGGUGGUUUGGGUCAAUUGGCUAUUGGUGUCGGUGGUGCUGAUGCCGUCGAUGUUAUGUCCGAUUUGCCAUGGGAAUUGAAGGCUCCAAAGAUUUUGGGUGUUAAGUUGACCGGUAGAAUGAACGGCUGGGCUUCUCCAAAGGACAUCAUCUUGAAGCUUGCUGGUAUUACUACCGUCAAGGGUGGUACCGGUAAGAUUGUUGAGUACUUCGGUGACGGUGUUGACACCUUCUCCGCUACUGGUAUGGGUACCAUCUGUAAUAUGGGUGCUGAAAUCGGUGCUACUACUUCUGUCUUCCCAUUCAACAAGUCUAUGAUUGACUACUUGGAUGCUACCAGAAGAGGUAAGAUUGCUGAAUUCGCCAAAUUGUACAAGAACGAUUUGUUGUCCGCCGAUGAAGGUGCUGAGUACGACGAAUUGAUCGAAAUCAACUUGUCCGAAUUGGAACCUUACGUCAACGGUCCAUUCACCCCAGAUUUGGCUACUCCAAUCUCUAAGAUGAAGGAGGUUGCCGUUCAAAACAACUGGCCUCUUGAUGUCAGAGUUGGUCUAAUCGGUUCUUGUACUAACUCUUCCUACGAAGAUAUGACUAGAGCUGCUUCUAUCAUCAAGGAUGCUGCUUCUCACGGUCUAAAGGCUAAGUCCAUGUUCACCGUGACCCCAGGUUCCGAACAAGUUAGAGCUACCAUUGCUCGUGAUGGUCAAUUAGACACUUUCACCGAUUUCGGUGGUAUCGUCUUGGCCAACGCCUGUGGUCCAUGUAUUGGUCAAUGGGAUCGUCAAGACAUCAAGAAGGGUGAAAAGAACUCUAUUGUUUCUUCUUUCAACAGAAACUUCACCUCCAGAAACGAUGGUAACCCAGAAACUCACUCCUUUGUCGCAUCUCCAGAUUUGGUUGUCGCCUUCGCCAUCGCUGGUGAUUUGAGAUUUAACCCAAUGACCGAUAAGUUGAAGGACAAGGAUGGUAACGAAUUCUUGUUGCAACCACCUCAAGGUGUUGGUUUGCCACCAAAGGGUUACGACCAAGGUAAAGACACUUACCAAGCCCCACCAAAGGACCGUUCUCAAGUUUCAGUUAAGGUUUCUCCAACCUCUGACCGUUUGCAAUUGCUAGAUGCAUUCGACGCUUGGGAUGGUAAGGAUGCCACCAACAUGCCAAUCUUGAUCAAGGCCUUCGGUAAGACCACCACUGACCACAUUUCUAUGGCCGGUCCAUGGUUGAAAUACAGAGGUCACUUGCAGAACAUUUCUAACAACUAUAUGAUUGGUGCUAUCAACGCUGAGAACAAGAAGGCCAACAGUGUGAGAAACGUCUACACUGGUGAAUACAAGGGUGUUCCUGACACCGCUAGAGACUACAGAGACCAAGGUAUCAAAUGGGUUGUCAUCGGUGAUGAAAACUUUGGUGAAGGUUCUUCUCGUGAACACGCUGCCUUGGAACCAAGAUACUUGGGUGGUUUCGCCAUCAUCACUAAAUCUUUUGCCCGUAUUCACGAAACUAACUUGAAGAAACAGGGUCUAUUGCCAUUGUACUUCAAGAACCCAGCUGACUACGACAAGAUCAACCCAACCGACAAGGUUGAUGUCCUUGGCUUAACCGAAUUUGCUCCUGGCAAGGACUUGACCUUGAGAGUUCACCCAGAAAACGGUGAAGCUUGGGACUGUCCAUUGACUCACACUUUCAACGAGGAACAAAUUGAAUGGUUCAGAUCUGGUUCUGCUUUGAACAAGAUCAAGAACGACAAGAUCAGAUAA